CUAGCUCAGUUUGCACGCCGCAGCUCAGAGCGCGGCCGCGCGCCGCCGACCGACGCUCAACCGUCAAAUCAGUGCUCUAACGAAAACUAAACGAGCGCCCUAUAGUGAGUGCAUUCCAUUUUCAAAUCAAGAUGAGGCGCAACGUGAAAAUUAUGUUCCUCGUCGGAACUGCUUGGAUGUUUUUCCUUUUUUACUACAUGCAGUCUGAUGCUCCACAGUCUAAGGAAGAAAACAUAGCCCUACGGCUAAUAAAACAAACGAACAUCGAAGAAACAGAGAGCAGUCCAUCAGCUGACGAGCCGUACACCAGCACAGGGCGGUACUUCGACGAGGGGGGGUAUGUGGCAGGGGGCUCCAAAGACUCCGACCCGUACGUGCGGAACCGCUUCAACCAGGCCGCCUCCGAUGCCCUGCCCAGCAAUAGAGCCGUGCCUGAUACUCGAAAUGCUAUGUGCCGGCUAAAGAAAUACGAUGAAGAUCUCCCUCAGACCAGCGUCAUCAUCACCUUCCACAAUGAAGCUCGGUCGACGCUUCUGCGUACCAUCGUCAGUGUCCUAAACAGAAGUCCGGAACAUCUCAUCAAAGAAAUAAUUCUUGUCGAUGACUUCAGUGAUAAUCCGGAAGACGGUGCAGCGCUGCGUGCUAUCCGCAAGGUGCGCGUGAUUCGCAACACCAAGCGCGAGGGGCUGAUGCGUUCGCGCGUGCGCGGCGCCGACGCAGCCACGGCGCCCGUGCUCACCUUCCUCGACUCGCACGUCGAGUGCAACGCGCACUGGCUCGAGCCGCUGCUGCAGAGGAUCAAGGAGGACCCGACUCGCGUGGUGUGUCCCGUGAUCGACGUGAUCAGCAUGGACAGCCUCCAGUACAUCGGUGCCUCGGCCGACCCGCGCGGCGGGUUCGACUGGAACCUCGUCUUCAAUUGGGAGUACCUAUCUCAUUCGGAGCGUAGCGCGCGCCUGAGCGACCCCACGCAGGUGAUCCGCACGCCCAUGAUCGCUGGCGGGCUGUUCAGCAUGGACCGCAAGUACUUCAACAAGCUGGGCAAGUACGACAUGAAGAUGGACGUGUGGGGCGGCGAGAAUUUGGAGAUAUCCUUCAGAGUGUGGCAAUGCGGCGGUUCCCUGGAGAUAGUGCCCUGCUCGCGCGUGGGGCACGUGUUCCGUAAGCGGCACCCGUACACGUUCCCCGGCGGCUCCGGGGCCGUGUUCGCGAGGAACACCCGCCGCGCCGCCGAGGUCUGGAUGGACAGCUACAAGGACCUGUACUACAGGUCGCAGCCGCUGGCCAAGCAAGUUGACUAUGGAGACAUCUCCGAGCGCGUGGCGCUGCGCACUCGGCUGCACUGCAAGCCGUUCCGCUGGUACCUGGAGCACGUGUACCCCGAGCUGCAGGUGCCCGCGCUGGCCGACGCGCCGCGCGCCGUGCGCCAGGGCGCGCGCUGCCUCGACACCAUGGGCCAUCUCAUCGACGGCACCUUAGGAAUGUAUCCUUGUCACAACACGGGCGGCAACCAGGAGUGGCGCUUCGAGAACGGCCUCCUGCGGCACCACAGCCUGUGCGUAUCGCUGUCCCGCGACGACCGCGUCACGGCCGUGCUCGCCGCCUGCGACCCUUCAGACUUCGCGCAGCUCUGGAGAAGGAAGGGGGCGCUCAUCACGCACGCCAAACUCGACGCCUGCUUGGACUCUGACCGAUCGGCACUCUAUUUAGAAAAGUGCGACGAGGACAAACCCAGUCAACAGUUCACGUUUUAAAUGAAAGACUAGUUCGAUAUCCCUGUUAGACCGAAGCGAAAUAUACCGGGUGUGGCCUGUAACACGAGCAAAUAAUUAAAACAUAGAUUGUACUCCUCAAACGAUGACACUUUUGUUCAACAACUUUUAAAAAAUAUGAAGUAUUUGAAGUCCCUAUUUUUCAUACAAAAUAAAUAUUAUCUUCAAUGGACGCCAUCGCCACGCCACAUCAUUGUGAUUGACGUUGCUUGUCACGCCUUAAACAUAACAAAAUUCGCAAUACAUUGCGUCUUAGAAUAAAAUUUUAAAGUGUAUUAAAAAUCAAACCACAAGUUUUUUUUUUUUAAAUUUGCUGAACAAAUGUUGGUCAGUAUGAGGAGUACAGUCUACAGUUAAAUUUUUUGCUCGUAUUACAGGCCACACCCGGUAUUUAACAAUUUAAAAAAAAAACAGUUUUUAAACAUUAGUUCGAAAUAAUAGAAUAUCAAUUAUCAGUAUUCCGUAGUAACUCUUCAGAGAACCACUUCGAUUUAAUUUCUGUACCUACUUGGUGGAAGCUUAGAUCCACCUGGUAUUAUCGUUUAAAAAUACUUGAUAAUAAUACUUAAAAUCUAAAGGUGGAGGAAAUUGUUAUCUCAUGGUGAAUCCUCAUUAUUUUACAUUACUACAUCUACCAGACUGCUAAAACUUCGAUCCAAUACCGAUAUAUGGACUCUACAAUGCUAAUUAUUGUUAAGUAGGUAAAUAAGAAACUUUAUAAAACUAAAAGACGGUUUCGCUUUAAAACCUAUUAUUAAGAACAGUUAUUCCUUCAAGAUAUGGAUGCCUCUUUUUGGCGUUUAGUUUUAAGAAAGUUGCUGUGAUUAAUUAAGAAUCUACAUGUAAAAAGACUAUGAAUCUUCUUAUAAGAAGCUCUAUACUGUACGAUGUCAUCUAAUUGAUAAUCAUAUUAUUCAUCACAUAAAUACCUAUAUAUCACAUCACGGCAACUUAUAGAUUAAUGUGAGAUACCUGAUAUGAAUUUCUGAAUUUCUCAAUGCGAAAUGAAGGUAUUUCAUUAUAACACAUUUGAUUUAUCACAAUUUCGAGAAAAAUUAAGGUCUACUUUUACAUUUCAAGUACAUUUACUUCAAUUUAUACUUACUUGCUUGACUGUCAUUUAGACAUGAUUCUUGUUAAAUACACAAGAAAACUUUAACAGUCAAUAAUGAAGGUGAAGUUGAUUUUUUUUUUAGGAGAAUUUGUUUUUUAAUGUAAGCAAUAGUAAAUUACCUACGUACGACUCUACAGCGUGUAACAGGUUAAGACUCACUUAAUAAUCUUAUGAAGUUAUUGAAUGAAUGAUUUGCGACUAAGUACAUUAAUAGUAGUUACCAUAAAUGUGUAAAUAUGUAAUUAUUAUAAGUGCCGGGAAAGUGGAAUGUGGAUAUUAUGUAAUGUAGGAUUUUGUAAACAGUUGCAUUAUAUUAGAUGCAAAACUGUAUCUCCUAGGAUAUUUUAGUUGAAGCAAUACAGUUAGGUUUAUUAUUGUUUGAGAAAAUGAUUAAAGUAUGGCCUACACUGAUUUAUACUUAACAAAAGCAAGUAUUUGUUACGUAUUGCAAUUAUAUUUCAAUACUCGUUCGUUUUAAGAUGUAUGCUAAAAUGUGUAUUAUGUAUAUUUAUAAUAGAAAAAAUAAUUUAUUGUUUUUUUUUAAUGCUGUAAAGUAUUUAAGCAUUUUAAUUGUAUUUGUUUAGGAAAUUAGGACUCUAUCUUCCCUUCCCUUCUUUCCAUGUAUAUUUAUUAUAUAGGUACACCUUAUGAAAUAUAUUACUUUAAUGGUUUAUUUUUACGAUUACUUCGCAUACACUUAUGUAUGUAUGUAAUGUAAUGUACCUAAGCAUUAUUGAUCAUAUUUAUAGUGAGUUAAGAUUCAGACGACUUUUCUGGCAAAUCCAGCUUGUUAACGGACACUGGAAUUUAGGUUCUUUCAUAACCAGAACCAUAAUUCAACAACAGAACUUAAUAAUUAUUUAUUUCCUUCAUAUUCGGAGCAAAUCUUGUUUAAUGGGUACCGUCAGGAGCUGAAGCGAACAAAAUAUUAUUGUCAAGGGUAUAAAGCGUACAGAUCACAUGUACAGUCAGCAGCAGAAGUUGCUAAGCGGGCGAGGUGUUCAAAAUUACCUUGACGCGCUCUUGUUCUCUUAAUAAAGUCACGCCAAGAUAAUUUUGAACACCUCGCCCGCUUAGCAACUUCUGCUGCUGACUUUAACAUGUUUGUUAUUAUGCGUCAGUUACAUUUAGUUCUGACUGAAUAACAAAAAUCGAUUAUCUAAUAAAGGUACGCAGCUGAAACGAAUAUGAAUAAUUGUUUCACACUUUCACUGCCGGUAAGUAGAAUCUAUGCUAAUACACUAACUAGGCAUUUUGCCUCCUAUAAUAUGUGCCUAGAAAAAUAUAUGUAUGUCACAAAAUAUAGUAUUUCUGUAAUGUACAUUUAUUAUAGACUCCGUCUAAGCUAACUCUGCACUGACUGAUAGAACAGUGUAUGUUAAGUGUGAAAGUGACAUUAUAAACGUGUUUUUGCAUAGUAAUUUGACAUUUAUGGUGACAUUUCCACACUAAGUUACUGUUAAAUGCCUUGCGGAGUUAGAUUAGACCGACUGUCAUAGUUUUAAAUGUAAGAUAUUGUGAUAUAGGAUGAAGAUAUCAUUACUGACGGAGCGAAAUGGCGUCAUCAGUAAAACCCUGCCAUUUAGAACCCUAGCAGGACACGGUCAUCUUGAUAACAACUACACGUAAUAUUCCACCUUGUCAUUAAAGAAUCUUUAGUGUUGUUCUCAGGAUCGAUAUUAGUUAGGGCGGGCUAAGGGCUUGUACACAAAUCACGCGAGGUUCGAUAGGGGGAGGGGGGUCACGAAAAAAUCACGAUAGAUCACGGGGAGGGGGGGUAUAAGGAAUCCUCACGUGUAUUUUUCUACAGUGAACAAAACUAAGAAAAAAAACCCUACCACAUGAGUAGAUACUUUUUAUCGGUUUCGUUAAACAUAAAUCUUCACUCUGCACUUCAAAAUAGCAAGUCUAUUAUUUAUAUUUAUAUAUUUUUUCUAUAUAUAAUACUAAUUAUUUUAAAAUUAGAUCGAAUGAAAAAAAUUCACCAAAUAUCACUAAGGGGGAAGGGGGGUCAAAAAGUAGCCGAAACCACCUCGCGUGAUUUGUGCACAACCCCUAAGUGGCCCUAGCGGGGGUGCCAUCUCGGACGUUUAUGUACCUAACAAAAAGCGAUCACUUUCACGCAAGUUAUUGUAAAUAGUCGUGGUACCUAACCGAUUUAACUUACCCGAGAACUGUUCAUUAUCGUUAUAUGCAAAUAAUAGAGAAUUUCAAUAGGAUAGAGAGGAUUUUUUAUUUUAUUUUAUUUACUUAAGUAUCUUUCUACGUUGUUAUUUACAAACAUUCCAUUAUUUUUUCCGUCCUAAUUAUUUCAAGGGCUAAAUUGACUACGACGCCUAGGCUAGCUACUUUAAAUUGCUAUAUUUUGUUGGAAAUAGUCCUAAUGUAAGCAUUCUUAAUAUUAUAGUUUAUUGACACGAAUCUUUUUAAAAGCUUUUUAGUUAUCGUUUUAAAUGAAAAUAUAUGAUAAAACAGUAUUGAUACAGUGUUGCAAUCCCUUCCAAAAUGAUGAACUUUAUCAUACUCAUCCUACUCGUAAAAAUGAUGACUUUGGUAAACAGUUAUUAGUAUUUUAUCAUGAGGGAUUUUGUGAAUCUGUAAAUGAAAUUUAUGUAUGAUAACAACAUAAUCUACCUACUAAGUAAGUAGUGAUAGCCACGUAAGAAAAUUCACGAUAUUCACUAUAAAGGCACCUAGAGCACAAAGUAGAGAUUAUCGAAACAAUGUUAGAAAAAUCUUUUAUACAUACGAUUAUGUUUUAUUUUUAAUUUUUACGAAUUGUUAAUUAGCGGCAAAAAUGCCCUAGUCAAACUUUGUUAAAAUUAUUUUAAUUAUUUGCGAGAUUUAUGUUCAAGAAAUGUGUGAUUUUAUUUUUAGUGAGAGAUUUUUUGCAUAUAUAAAUAAAAAAACGUAUUAAGUA